AGCCACGAUUGUUAUACAUUCAAAGCAAUGAAAUAUGUGAACGCUACACGGAUGAACUGAGUGGCGUUGCUGAUAGGUACCUUUAAAUGCCGGUUUGAAUCAUUUUAAGUGCAAUUUAAAAUUAGGAAAGUAAUUUGAUCUAAAAAUCAUGUAUUUAGCUGUUCUGCUUAUUUGUCAAGUAUUUCUAAGUUUUGCAUCGGCUUUUUAUGAAAACAAUAAGGACAUUACAGAACUAAAUCCAUCUACUUUCAAUUCCCAAGUUAUUGAAAGCGAUGAGAUAUGGAUUGUCGAAUUUUAUGCUCCAUGGUGUGGUCAUUGUCAAGCCUUGGUGUCAGAAUAUACGAAAAUGGCAUCAGCACUCAAGGGUUUAAUAAAAGUUGGGGCAGUUAAUGCUGACCAAUAUCAGCCUCUUGGACAAAAAUAUGAAAUUCGAGGUUUUCCUACGAUAAAAAUAUUCGGCACCAACAAAAACAGGCCGAGAGAUUACACUGGUCCUAGAACGGCUCAAGGAAUGGUAGAUGAAGUAUUCCGGGAGUUGAAGAAUCAAGUGGAAGCAAAAUUAAGUGGUAAAAAAAGUAGCAGCAAAAGUGAUGACAGAAAGUCCCGAAAAGAAGGAGACCCAAAAGAUGUAAUUGAGUUAACAGACUCCAACUUUCAAGAGACUGUUUUGGACAGUAAUGAAAUGUGGCUUGUUGAAUUUUAUGCUCCAUGGUGUGGACAUUGUCAGAGACUGGCUCCUCACUGGGCUGAAGCAGCUACAGAAUUAAAAGGAAAGGUGAAACUGGGAGCACUGGAUGCUACAGUUCAUACAAUAAUGGCAAGGAAAUAUGAUAUUAAAGGCUUUCCCACAAUUAAAUACUUCCCUCAAGGUAGCAAAGAUGGUACUGCUGAAGAGUAUGAUGGUGGAAGAACAGCUCAAGAUAUAAUUAACUGGGCACUGGAAAAACAUGCAGAGUUCACACCUCCUCCUGAAGUAGUGCAGGUAACUGAUGCUUCAGUCCUGAAAGAUGCUUGUGAGAAUCAUCCCUUGUGUGUCAUUAGUAUAUUGCCUCACAUAUUAGAUUGUCAAUCUGCAUGCAGAAAUGAAUACAUUGAUAUUUUAAAGAAGGUUGGUAAUCGUUAUAGGAAAAAUUUGUGGGGAUGGGUUUGGGCAGAAGCUUUAGCCCAACCACAGUUAGAAGAUGCUUUGGGUAUUGGAGGUUUUGGUUAUCCGGCUAUGGCUGUGUUGAAUGCCAGGAAGAUGAAAUUUUCUAUUCUCAGAGGACCUUUCAGUUAUGAUGGAAUAUCAGAAUUCAUCAGAACUGUUUCAGUAGGAAGAGGUAGCAGUUCACCUAUUAAAGGUGCUAAACUUCCAGAAAUUUUAGAAACAGAGGCAUGGGACGGUAAAGAUGGAGAGUUGCCAGUUGAAGAGGAUAUUGAUCUUAGUGAUGUUGAUCUUCCAGAAGAUGAAACCACCAGAGAGAAAACAGAAUUAUGAAAUAAAACUAGGUUGUUUCAAAUUAGACUAUGCUACAUCUUGUAUAAAGUUCUUCAUUAAUACAUUUCUCAUAAUGCUGCCAUAAUACUGUCAUCAGGUUCUCAAAUACUGAAUUAUGUUUAACCUCAAAGAAUAUACCUUAUUUUAAUUGUACAGAUUCAGCCGAUGCUUUUAAAGGACUUAAUAAAACUUCAGAAUUGUUUUUUUGAAUUUCAAUCAAAAAA